GUACUCUGGUGUCUUAAUUACUGGCACCAUGAAUCUCAUGCAAAAGAUGGAUCGCUUGAGUCCGGUGUAAGGAUUUCAGAAGCCGCAAGAACUAGGAGCACUAUUUUCCUUGGCUCUGGCAAAGAGCUUGUUAGCUCUGACAUUGUCUCGUUGAAAACAUCUGUACCGGUGGUCAAUCCAACUCCUCUACAUUUUGCAGGUCAGUCUAAUGCUAACUGCCCUAUUGCCACCGAUGCCGCUGUCACGGCGCUCGAUCUGCCUCUGGAGCUCAGUUACGGCUCAUUGUCAUCAAUCCCACGCUCUGCUUUGCGCUCCUCCUCUCCCUCUUCACUUUCCUCCACCAUCUCUCCAACCUCUUCCCUUUCCGACUCUCCGGUUUCGCUUGGCAUCGACCAGCAUCACCGACGCCAUCGUCAGCCAUCCGAGGAAACCAUGCGCAACGGUAAGAGCAGAGACACUGAUGAGUGGACAGGCCGAGGAGAUGAUCACGCAGAUUGCAGCAAUAAAGUCGGUCUUGGCCAAGUAGGAAGAGGCAAUCACGAGCUAUCCGGAAGUCAUGUCCAUAAGAGUAAAGAAGGUGAAGAUGCCGAUGAAAUCAGUGGUAUUCACGGAGGUGCGAGGCCAGGAAGAGGAGCUGUUGACAAUGGUGAUGUAACUGAUAGACGAGGUAAUGUUGGUGGUGGCGAGAUGUCUGGCAUAGUGGAUGGAUUUACGGGAACCAGCCUGAUGCUGCGUCGGUGGCUUUCGACCUCUUGCUGCCUUUGCUGCCUGCCUAGUGAGACAGAUACGCAUACUGCCAGUAACACUGGUUGUGGUUAUCGUUCUGCCACAUCAAACCUAACUCGUCAGGUCAUGGUAGCCGACACGUCCAGCCAACAGGAGUCCCCGAUUGAUCCAGGAAUUUUACCAAGCAAUUCAAGGCAGCCGUCGACUCAUGCCCUAGCAACCCAUUUAGCUGAUUAUCAAAUGGCCGAAUGUGCGACUCAAAUAGAUGUCUGCACGACCAUGAGGGCUGCACUCUCUGCCACAUCAGCCGUAGUAGUUGCUUCGGUUUCUGCUACCAAUCAAGGUGCCCUUUCGCUGAAGCGGCCUAAGGGGGCCGUUUGCGGCCAGAUACCGUGUCAUACAUCCUCUGAGCUUCAUGCCACGCCAGCCAUAACUUCCGUUUUAUCACCUUCAAUUGCCUUUCGCCGCCACCAGGGCCAUCUGCCUCCACUACUGCCCCCCGCUGUUUCAGUGGUCUGGCCCAGUGGUGCUAGCCUUACAGAAUCCUCAACCACGCCGGACAGCCUUGGAGCAGCUUGGCGGGCUUCGCCAGGUAAUCAGCCGGGAAGUCGAGUACGAAAACAACAAGCUAUGGUCCUUAAGUCUAAGUUAUUUGAAUGUGCUAUGCAUUUGGGAUACCGACGCCGAGACGUUCUUCAUGCAGAUUAA